CGAGUGUGCUCCGAGCAUGCUCCACCCGGUAGUAGCAGGCUGGGUGGCUCGUGCAGGUCCCCGCCGGCCGAAGCGGCAGCGGCUGUGGCGCGGGACAGUAUGCGGGAACCGGUCGUGAUGGUUCCUGCCACCAUGAUGGUUGAAGCUCGUGAGGUUUGAUGACGCUGCAGCAUGUAUAGUGUGGAAGAUCUCCUGAUUUCUCAUGGAUACAAACCAGCCCGAGAUGCCGCAGCACCAUGUGAGGACAAAUCAGAGCGAUGCAGGUCAACAAGGACAGGACCCCGAGCUGGCCAAGGCCUAUUGAAUGGGUACAAGGAUGGUGCUACAGCCCAUACCCACAAUAGGACAUCCCUGGGGACGGGACAUGUGAGCAACUCUGAAAACCGCAUCAGCAGGCCAAGAGGCCACAGGGAGCACCAAAGCACUUCUAGAACUCCCGAGGCACGGUUUUUAAAUCAAUCCUCCUUAGCAUGGGCCUCUCAGCCCCAAAGUGGUAGAGAAGACAUCUACUGGAGCAGAGGAAGACAGGAGGGCAGUGGCUCCCUGUGUCCCAGGGACUGGAAAGAACUGGAAGGCAGAGGAAUGGCUCAGGCUCACAGUCUGCCCAUCCAUGUGAGAGAGAAUCUGUGGGAAGUUGCAGGAAGGACAGAGCAUGUGAUGAAGAAUGCCAUCUGGGAAGAAGAGCUGAGAAUGCAGGACAUGAGCUUGGAAAGCUGGAAGAAGCCAAGGGAGUUAGGGAGGCAGGCAUCCGAUGGGGAUGGACGGAAAAGGCCCCAGGAAAAGUUCGAGGGUCUGUACCCAUUUGUUCAUGGGGAGCACAUGCUGACAUCUCAGAACAGAAAAAAAUCCCAGUCAUUGCCUCGAGCUCUUUCUCCUAAGAGCCUAAAUUUCACAGAAAUUCCGGUUCCACUACAUGAUGGUCACAUAACAGCUGUCCCAAAAGUGCCACCAUAUCCUCCCAGCUUCCCAUCCCCUUCGGAACCCAUGAGGAACCUUGAGAAGGCUAGCUCCUCGGGUCCUUUUCCCAGGCCUAAGUUUGGGAAACCCCUUAAGACUCCGUGUUAUAGCUCUCACUCACAGCCCAGGGGAGAAGGUGGAUUUCAGGACCACCAGCACAGGGACCCACGUGGCUCCUACCCAACAAGAAGUAAGGAUCCCAGCCAUGAGUUGGGUAUGCUGGAUACUGGCUUGGAGCCCCCAGUGUAUGUGCCUCCACCUUCAUAUAGGUCACCCCCUCAGCACAUUCCAAACCCAUACCUUGAAGAUCCUGUGCCCAGGCAUGUGAGCAGCAGCCAGAGUCAGCAGCAAGUACCUGAGAAACCUGAGACCAGCUGUCCACUUCCUUCUGGCUCUCUUGAAGCUAGGGAUCUCUAUGAUGCAAUGCCUGGCUCUCCUCCGCAAGGCCUUCCUCCACAACCCUAUCCUAUUGCCACCCAUGGGGGUUCAAUUCAGUACAUUCCAUUUGAUGAUCCACGGAUCCGACAUAUCAAACUAGCUCAGCCCCCAGAAUUCUAUGAAGAGGCAAAGCCUGAUGGCACAUCCUAUAACCCUGGAUUAAUCACUACCCAAGAGCCAGCCAUUGGGAAAAGACAGUACGAUGAUGCCCCUUCGGUACCACGGGGCCCAACGCCUUCACCAGUCAAUGAGCGGAACUCCGCCUUUCUCCAUUCUAGUCCCCGGUGGCUGCAGGGCCAGCUCCCCGUGGGCAUUGAACCUGGAGGCUUCCAUGGCCAAACAGAGCAUCAUGUCAUGAGAGGACUAACAACUAAUGUGACAGACAUCAAGGCAGAAAGUCAUGCCUCUUCACCACAGCCACAGAGUGAGGGUACCUGCAAAACCUACACUAAGCUCAGAAAGUUUGAAACUGGAGUUCAGAGCAAGAAAAGUUCAAAGAAGAAAAGCAACGCAACUAUAUUUUGUUUGGUCUCCAUCCCAGUUAAAUCUGAGUCACUUGUGCUAGAUACGGAUACAAACAACAGUGACUUUAAGCUGGUUGCUGAUAAGACCCAUGGGCUGCGUCAGGGCUCAGCCCUGGAGGAGCAGAGUCUUCUGAGUAUGUCUUCCACUGACCUGGAGCUGCAAGCCCUCAUGGGAAGCAUGGCUUGCAGAAGAACAUCCCCAAGGCAAGGUCUGAGGGAGUCAGAAGAUGGCCACAUUGAUGACCCCAGAAUCCUCCAUCCCAGAGAACUCAAACCCAGAGAACUUCAGGCUUCCAGCUCAUGGCCAGGACACCAAUACAGAGAUCAACAGACCCAAACCAGUUUUCACGAAGACUCCAAAAGCUCACAGCUCCUCCCUGCCACAAAGCCAGGAGAGGCCAGCAAUGUAGCUCUGACCCCAACAUGCCCAGAUACCACUGCCUCCGAAGUACACCUACAUACAGCCUUAGCAUUCAGUGAUCAAAAUCAGAAGCCCAGUGUACCUCACCUCCAAGGACAAAUGUCCCUUAGCCCAUCUCGAAACAGUGCUUUCUCAAGGACUUCCUCAGCCAUAAACCAGGCAUCUAUGUCCAAAGAGACUUCUGAGCAGCUCCCUGGUGCCAACCCUGUUCCCACACCAGAUGUGGUGAAGGGGGAGUCCACAACAGGCCAGUGCAACAGCACACGACUCUUUGGUCAGUUUCUCUUGAAACCAGUCAGCCGGCGGCCCUGGGACUUGAUAAGUCAGUUAGAAAGUUUUAACAAGGAGCUUCAGGAAGAGGAAGAAAGCCAUGGUGGUAGUGGUAGUGAGGACAGUGAGGCAGAACAGCCAGAGGACUGUGUAGAUUCCAGAACCAAGUCUUGGGCUCUCCAGGAAACUAGAACAGAACAGCAGCCUGCAGGGCUGGCACUGGAGAAUGUAGCUUCCCCAGAUAGAAGACUUAAUGAGUCACAGAACUGGAAUGAAGAACCAAAGCCUGGCCACUCAUGUGUCCAUCCACAGUCCCUGGGCCCAUCACAGGAGGAAGGCAGCAGAGGUGUUCCGGUCCAAUGGGCAGAUGGAAGCCUGACUGUAGAGCAGAAAAGCCAGGAGGAUUUGAAUGGGAUGUGUGAGCGAGACUUUAGCCCAAGGCCUGUGAGCAGGAUUGCACCCAUUGACACAAAAGCAGCCCCUUUAUACUGUAUGUCAGAACCAAGAGGAAGUCAAGAACUCACCAAAGUCAGUGAUGCUUUAGGGUCUGUGCAGCUGGACAGAGAGACUCCCACACAGGUGGAUAAUGGCGGGGACACAGAGGUCCUACCCUGUGUCCUUCUGCCACUUGCUGACAAAUAUCGAGGCCACUCAACACCAGACUUUCGGUCUUUAGAGCUCACACUGGGACAAGAACAGAAUGCCUAUAAAUUAGAGUGUCUGGGUUUAGAGAACACCGUGGAAGUCCUUCCAAGUGAGUCUCUGCAGGAAAGGGCAGAGAGGAUCCUGGGCAUCGAGGUGGCCGUGGAGGCCCUUCUGCCAAGUGCCAGGAGAACAGAACAAAGCCAGCUUCCUGAGCCUGAUGCAAGUGCCUGCAACCCAAGUUCAUCCAGAGAGGACUCAUCACCCAGGUUGGCACUACCAGUGGGGCCCACAGUGGCCACUGAUGCCUUCUAUGGCAGGAGGAAGUGUGGCUGGACUGAGAGUCCUCUUUUCGUAGGAGAAAGGGCCCCCCAGGCUUCUGUAUGCUCAGAUGUGGAUGGCUUCCCUACAAGUCAGGCCACCAGUCCUGAGCCUGGGAAAAAGGAUGAGGAGGGGAAACCACCCUUCAAGUCCACUCUGUUCCAUUUCAUGGAAAAGUCCACAAAUGUGGUGGGUCCUGAAAAGAGGCUCAGAAACCCUUCCAAAGUGAUCGAGAACUUACAAGAAAAACUUGUAUCACCCCCAAAAAGGGCAGACUCCGUUCACUUGAUAAGAAUGAGGGAGGUCAACUCCUUGUCUCAGAUGAGGUGUCUGAGCUCCAAGAGUGCUGACUCUGUGGAGGAGCCUGCCCCCUUAAAGGUCAUCAAAAGUUCAGCCUGGCUUUCAGAAGGCCUUACUUCCCUGAGUGGUAAAGACCAAGCCUGGCAAGCAGGGCACCUGCCCUCUGUCUCUCAAAAUGAAAACGGACACCCUGAAGUGCCAAGGGACAAGAUGUCAGACCAAGACGUGUGGUGUGCAGAUUCCUACGAUCCAAGCCGAGUGGAGAGGGUGUGAUGGCUGCUGGUGGAGCCCCCACCGCCUGCUAGUGGACUGCUCUCUGCUUGGCCCACCUGUCUUGCUCAGGCAGAAGCUGAAAACUGUGGGGUUUGCAGUGUCCCGACUCCUCCUUUGCCUGCCACCCCUACAGAAUUGUUACGAAGACAAAGCGGUGGUCUGCUGACACCAUCUGUCUCUAUAGCAUGGAUAUAUAAUCCCUAUAUUUAGAACAGAGUAUUUACAUUAAUUCCCUUCCAGGUGGAUAGGAGCGUGGCCAAGGAGUUUGGACACUUUGAGUGUAAGGGGAAUGUGAGUGAGCGAGUGAGUGAGUGAGUGAGUGAGUGAGCGAGUGAAUGAGUGAGCAAGUGAGUAAGAAUGACCCAUUUUUAUUACUAAACCUUCAGCAGCUUGGAGUUACGUGUGAGUUAACUGCUGUGAAACUCAGAAUCGCUUCUUGGUGUUCCCGAAGGCUCACACUCGCUGUAACUUACCCACGAGAUGAUCCACUUGGCUUCAAGGCAAACGUGCUGUGCUCGCUCAGCUUUGCACUCAGUCUUCCCUAGGUUUUACCUUCUGUGUGAAUGUUUAGAUAUUCUUUAUAUGAAAAAUAAUUGCUGUUCUAAAAUAGACCAUGCUAACAAAAUAACUAUAUUUCUUUUUAUAAAAUUGCUAUUUUUCUAUGGUAUAUAAACAGUUCUUAGGUGGCAGAUUUUUAAGGAAGUGCUAUUUUAUUUAAGAGUCUAUCCCUAUGUGUGUGAGGGACCCAAGAGGGCCCACCUUGGCUCUAAAGCCUUUGUCCCUACUCCAACGUCAGCUCUGUUCCUUUUUACUGUGUUUCACAGUGUCAUUGAAAACCAAUCACAUGUUCAUUAACUCUCAUAAAGAUAUUUGCACAGACAGAGCUGUGAGAUUACAUUUGAAGAUACCGCUCUCAAAAUCAACCAACAACUUCGCGGUCAUUUUGCAUCCAUGUCCACUAGACUUGCCAAACCCCCAUACUUCCAUCUUUGUAUUCCUAUGGGGAAUCUGCCCCAAGAAGAGACGUUUCUCCUGCCUACUGCCUUGCUCCUUUAAAGAAACAUAUAUUUUUGUCUAGAAUGACUAGUUAAUCUUGCAUAUUCUGAAAAGUGCUUGGGAUCAGUACCUAGAUGGCAUUCUAUGUGCACACAUACCAUGACGGAAGUAUAAAGGGGCCCGUGUUUCCACUAUUGAUUGACCUGCAGAGUUCGUGUAUUUUGUGGCAUUUCACCCUUCUGCCUGUGGAAGGUUUUUUUGUUAACUAAUAUUUUCCAAAGCCUUUGUCCCUUUCCUUCCCCUCUUACCUUUUCCCCUGUCCUUUCCUCUUUUCUUCCCCUCACCCUCCACCUCUCUUUCUCGAUUAAUUUUUUGAGACAUUUAGACAUUUUCUGACAUGCCAAAUUCCUGCAAUAUGAGCCCAUGGCUGGUCAGUCCUCUGGUCCUAAGUUCAAACAGGACUUUCACAGUCUCUUAUCUACACCAUAUCAUUUUAUUUCCUAAGAACCUCACAUGCACUGACUGGACUACACAAAGCAGAGUCCAAGUAGUCUCGAUACACCUUCCUGGAUGCACACAUCUACAGUCUUGGUUUGCACCUGUUUCUCAUGGCCGUCCUUGUCCAAAGCUUGGCUCACGUGGGAAGGGGUUUGAUCUGUAGAUCUCCCUGGGGCAGUGGACAAACCGGUGAGUGGUUUGCAAUGGUGGAUGAAUCAUCUGCUAGGGGCCAGUGAAGGCUAAAGUACACUAGUCUCUGUGUGCAUGUGUGUACAUGUGAAGACCCCAGUGCACGCCUGUGUACCUCUGUACAUACUGGUGCUGUACUGGCUUCCUGUCACAUAACCUGAUACCGUCGGAAGACUCUAGGACAGAGAGAAGGAUCCUGAAGGAAAGCUGUUGUGCCUUAUGUAUCUCAGUCUGGACCAAGCUGCACUUCCAUUUUGUCUUGUUUGAGAUCGUAUCAUACUUCCCCACAGCUGGUCAGUCACAUAGUGAAUAUUAUAAAUUAACCUUAAGUUUUCCAUAUUCUAGCCCAUAAGCAAAUCUUUUGGAAGGAAGUAGUAACAUUAAACUUAGAAACUUGAAAUGUUGACAUACAACUUUUCAUAUUCCUAGGUAAUGUAUAUCUGACCAAAAAUUAUUUUGCUGAGGUCUUAAGGUCAGUACAAAUCACCAUUCCCUAUGUAAAUUUCAGAUGUGCCCAUGACUUUUGGUGAAAAAAAGUCUUCCAUAUUCUGUGUUUGUAAUUAUUUUUCUCAUUACACAUGUUAGUAUUCAGUAAUUUGGAGUUUGUGAAAUUAAAAAUUCUAAUUUCAACCAUUUGAGCUAAAAGGAGGAAUUGUGCCUGUGGUUGUUUCAGAACUUAAAGACAUGAUAGUGAAGUGGUUGUUUUUGGCCUCUUCGGGGGAAAUUUCCUGCAGGACUGAAAAUGAGAUAUUUUACUUAUUCUAAUGAAUACUUACAUAUUUAGUUGUGUUUCUGUAAGCCCUGGGAACCCUCUAAAGAUGCAACCAGUUCCUGGAAGGGACCAUCAGGAUUAUUUCCAUAAUUAUAAAUACUUAUUUCCUUUAUUAAUAAAGACUCUGAUUGUGCAUCA